ACCCCGGGCCGCGCGCCGCGGGCCGCUGAGGGCGGUAUGCGGGACUACGACGAGGUGACUGCCUUCCUGGGCGAGUGGGGGACCUUUCAGCGUCUCAUCUUCUUCUUACUGAGCGCCAGCAUCAUCCCCAAUGGCUUCAACGGACUAUCGUCCGUGUUCCUGACGGCGACCCCGGAGCACCACUGCCGGGUGCCCGACACCGCGAACCUGAGCAGCGCUUGGCGCAACCACAGUGUCCCGCUGCGGCUGCAGGACGGCCGCGAGGUGCCCCACAGCUGCCGGCGCUACCGGCUCGCCACCAUCGCCAACUUCUCUGCGCUCGGGCUGGAGCCGGUGCGCGACGUGGACCUGGAGCAGCUGGAGCAGGAGAGCUGCCUGGAUGGCUGGGAGUUCAGCAAGGACGUCUACCAGUCCACCAUUGUGACUGAGUGGAACCUGGUGUGUGAGGACGACUGGAAGGCCCCACUCACCAUCUCCUUGUUUUUCGUGGGUGUGCUGGUGGGCUCCUUCAUUUCGGGGCAGCUCUCAGACAGGUUUGGUCGGAAGAACGUGCUGUUUGUGACCAUGGGCAUGCAGACAGGCUUCAGCUUCCUGCAGAUCUUCUCAAAGAACCUUGAGAUGUUUGUCGUGCUGUUUGUCCUUGUAGGCAUGGGCCAGAUCUCCAACUAUGUGGCAGCAUUUGUCCUGGGAACAGAAAUUCUUGGCAAGUCAGUUCGUAUUAUAUUCUCCACAUUAGGAGUGUGCAUAUUUUAUGCAUUUGGCUACAUGGUGCUGCCACUGUUUGCUUACUUCAUCAGAGACUGGCGGAUGCUGCUGCUGGCACUGACGGUGCCGGGGGUGCUCUGCGUCGUGCUCUGGUGGUUUAUCCCUGAGUCCCCACGAUGGCUCAUUUCUCAGGGACGAUUUAAAGAGGCAGAGGUGAUCAUCCGCAAAGCAGCCAAAAUCAAUGGGAUUGUUGCACCCUCCACCAUUUUUGACCCAAGUGAGCUACAAGACCUAAGUUCCAAGAAGAAGCAGUCUCACAGCAUUCUGGAUCUGCUCCGAACCUGGAAUAUCCGAGUGGUCACCAUCAUGUCCAUAAUUCUGUGGAUGACCAUAUCAGUGGGCUAUUUUGGACUUUCCCUCGACACUCCUAAUUUGCAUGGGGACAUCUAUGUGAACUGCUUCCUUUCAGCGGUGGUUGAAAUCCCAGCAUACGUGUUGGCCUGGCUGCUGCUGCAGCAUGUGCCCCGGCGCUACUCCAUGGCCACCGCCCUCUUCCUGGGCGGCAGUGUCCUUCUCUUUGUGCAGCUGGUGCCCCCAGACUUGUAUUAUUUGGCUACAAUCCUGGUGAUGGUGGGCAAGUUUGGAAUCACUGCUGCCUUUUCCAUGGUCUAUGUGUACACAGCCGAGCUGUAUCCCACAGUUGUCAGAAACAUGGGCGUGGGGGUCAGCUCCACGGCAUCCCGCCUGGGCAGUAUCCUGUCUCCCUACUUCAUUUACCUUGGUGCCUAUGACCGCUUCCUGCCCUACAUUCUCAUGGGAAGUCUGACCAUCCUGACAGCCAUCCUCACCUUGUUUCUCCCAGAGAGCUUCGGUACCCCCCUCCCAGACACCAUUGACCAGAUGCUAAGGGUCAAAGGAAUAAAAUAUAGGCAAACUCCAAGCCACACAAGGAUGUUAAAAGAUGAAGAAAGCCCCCAAACCCUUAAAAGCACAGCCUUUUAACACAACCUCCAGUGAGAAACUGAAAAGACUGUGUCUCAUCAGAAAUGGUUUGUGCAGACUCUAAGUCCUUCAGUGACAAAGGUCUUUGCUGUUCAUUCUCUUGCCCCCAUGUCUGACUUGCUCAUGGAAGAGCAGUCACCUCAGAGGCUUCAUGUGGUCCUAGGGCAUCACCUUUCCUCAAGGGACAACUUUAGAUAAGUACUAACUACUGUGAUGAUGGACUCAGCACUUCCUAAGAAGUUAAUUAUUCACUAGAACCAGUGGAAUUUGGAAGAAUAUGAGAGGCAUCUGCUAAAUUUACAUUUUAAUUUUAGACUGCCUGUAAAGGCCCCUGAUGAAACUGGAGGUCUAAGUUUUCUAUGCCCUUUCCCUCUAAUGGUGAACGUUAAAGGAAAAGAAAUAAUUUCACAGGGAGUUUGAUUUCUCCCCUUUUCUCAGUGGCAGAGGACAUUAAUUGGGAUAUUUGUUUCUCCAGGACAGGAGAGCACAGGGUCUAGGGAAACGUAAAGGUAAUUAAGAUGAAGGGGACUGAGCAGACACAGAAAACUAGCAAAUGCAUUGAUUUGUGAGCUCUUAGACCCCUCAGUGUGACUCCUGGGUAGACUUGUUUACUUCUGAUUAAAGUACUGGGCUUGUCCAGGCCCAUAAGAAAUGCAUUGUUGAGUCUACUAUUUUGUUUUCCACCGCUGUGUGAAUCAAACCUCCUAACAUAACUUCUGUGUGUGGUUCGAAGGAAGUAUGUCAGUGAGAAAGGGACAAUCAAUCUUGUCUUUUGUCUCAAAAUGAUAACAUGGGUUUUGUUUUGUUUUGUUUUGUUUGUUUGUUGUGUCUCUUUCUCCUUAAGUUAUUUGCCCUUCAAAUAGACUUGGGAGAGGCUAGUUCCUUAGUCUCAUGGAUUGUCUUUUUUUUUGAAACCCAGAAUCCCUCUGGCAAUGGUCUAUAGUUGCCACUUAUGCAAGGUGGUACCAGCCUUAGCCACUAGCACUUCUCUGAGUGCCAAAAACGAUGUCACUGUGUAUGUCCCUUUUGUGAUACCUAAUCAUGGGAAAAAAUUUUAAAAAGAAACAAAUUGUGUUCACAGUCUUUCAGAGUUGCUCAAUUCAGUCAUGUAAUAUUAUUGGUAGAUAUUUUGUGUUAAGUGUAAUUGUCUUUUCUGAUUAUGUUACCACGGUACUCCUAAAGCACAUGCUUUGCCUGGUUUAAAAUAGAUAUUUUUGUGAAAGCUACUGAAGUGCCUUGGGAAAUG